CUACGGUUUGCCAGAAGGUCGCGUUUCGCACGCUCUCCUUGGUAAUUUUCGAGGUUUACUGAAUCUGAGACAGAUUUCAAAGUCUACUCUAUUCACUGAAUGAUGGAUGUGACAAUGACGAAGAAACCCGGACCGAAGAAGGUCCAGUCCGAGGGGCGGUCAACCGACAUGCCGCGGACCCCGGCCUCCCCGCCCGCUGGCCACAGUGAGCCGUGGGUGCUGGGCUUCACGAGCUUCCUGAAGAGAAUGCCCCUGGUGGCACGCUCCCUGGAGCUGCUGAGUGGAGGAGAUAGGUCGAAGGGUGUGAAGAUGGCUCGCAUGCCAACCUCCGAAGAACUGACCAAAGUUGCGGAGAAGAUGGAGAAAGAGGUGUUCUGUGAUGUGAAGUUGGAGAAGGAGAAGGAGGUGUUCUAUGAUGCUUUGGAGGUGCACGAGGAGGAGUACUACGAUGCUCAAGAGUCUCUGGAUGAGCCCAAGCUGCCAUCAUCCUCCCGUGGCCAGGGGCGGCGGGUGACUCUGAAGUACGUCCCCAGCCUGAGUGACUUCAUCGACUCGAUACCACAGGAUGGAGCUCCGGAGAUACUUGCUACUAACGACAUUAGCAAGAAGGCUAAGCUGCAGGGAGAGCCUGCUGGUGUGAGGGCAGCCUUGUUGAACAAGAAGAAGAAGGAACUGAAGAAUAUGAACAAGUCAAUGGACGAUGUCCUCAAGCAGCUGGUGAGACUGGAGAAGAAGAAUGCUAAGGUGUGCCGUAAGAACAAGCGAGUCAUGGAUAAGGUGGUGCAGAAGAGGGUGCAGAUCAUGCUGCCUUUCAUAGGAGAACGCAGUGACGAUGUCAAGGAGACUAAGCCAACUGUGGUUGAAAAGAAGGAGGUGCCUGAUGAUGACGGAACUGUCAUGGCCGAAGAGAAGGAGGUGCCUGAUAAUGACGGAACUGUCAUGGCCGAAGAGAAGGAGGUGCCUGAUAAUGACGGAACUGUCAUGGCCGAAGAGAAGGAGUUGCCUGAUGAUGACGGAACUGUCAUGGCCGAAGAGAAGGAGGUGCCUGAUAAUGACGGAACUGUCAUGGCCGAAGAGAAGGAGGUGCCUGAUAAUGACGGAACUGUCAUGGCCGAAGAGAAGGAGGUGCCUGAUAAUGACGGAACCGUCAUGGCCGAAACCACGAGCACAGCUGAGUCCGCCUGCUCUGCUGACGCAGUCUCCUGCCUGUCAACCUUUUCAUGCGAGAAGGACUCUGAGGACAAGACUGUCGACUGGGAAGUGGACACAGUGGGCGAUAUCGGUAAGGAAGGGUCUGGAGCAGACAGUGCUGCAUCUCCAAUGACAGAUGGGCUGUCCUACCUCGACGUCACGUCCUACAUGAUGGACCCAGAGGAGGAGAAGGACUAUGUAGUCAGUGACAUUGCUUGGGACUCGGAUGUGGACGUGGCUGAUGAUAAGAGCUGGUCCAUGGAAACAGCGAGUACCCGGUCACUCUGCUCCCUCGAUGCUGUCUCCUACAUGUCGACUGCAUCCUCUGCUGAGCAGGAGAGGACAGCACUCACUGAUGCUGUCAGCAUGCUGUCAGUGGACACCUACGUGACAGCGCACUCCUCUGAUCUGGUAGUUGCCAUGGAGACUGCAGCAGUGAACGACAAGCAGCAGGUGGAGCUGGAACUGCUGGAGGAGACCCUGAAGAAGGGCGGCAACAUGGCGGCCACGGACGUGGCGGCACAGGACGGCGCCAAGAAGCACGGGAAGUACUGCCGAGUGAAGAGAUGGGUGCGGGCCAAGCUCAGCAAGGGCUGGAGGAGGCUGACCCACCGUGGGCGCGCAGGCUAGAGACAGACUGACUACUAGUAGUUGAAUAAGCUAGUAAUACAGGAAAGUCUGUGAUAGAGUUUUAGGGGAUAUGCUCUGAGAUUUGCAAGAGCCUUCCUCUAGUUUUAACUUAUUGUCAGUCAUUUCAGCUUGAUUUUAAUCUAGGGGGAUUGAGGGGCAUAAUGCUGAAAUGUACAAGACCAGGGCUACCUCCACUUUUAAUUGUUGUGCAUCAUUUUGACUUGAGUUUAAACCAGAGAUGUAUGGGACUCUGCAGGGGUCAUGGGAAGUAUUUUUAUUUAACAAUGUAUCCUGUGUACACAAUGCUGGCAGUGAACUGUAGUAUGGUAAAUUGUCUCCAGACAGUAGCAGGCUUAUGAGGAGACUGGUGCUGCUGGUGAAUAUUUAAUACAUGUGGAUGC